AUGGGAAGAAACAGUUGGCAAAAGAAAACAUCCUACGCCAUUCUGAAUAUAUUCAAAGCUAAGAAGACCAGAGGAGAUGAAGAGGAUGCAUGGGAUGAUUCUCUAAAAGCAUACAAAGUUUUUCCUAGUGAUCAAGAUGGUGUUCGUUGGGUGGCUGAACCUGAUUUCUUGGUGUUUAUCAUGUUCAUCCCUUAUAUUGUGCUAUACCAGCAGAAUAAUAGUAAUGCGAUGUUAAUUUCUACUUUCUAUAAGUUGUUGGUGCAUUUCUCUAUGAGUGCGGUCAAUUUAAUUUCUCAUGGGAUGUUAAUACACAAAUUUCGUUUGUCGUAUAUCGAAACCAAAGUGAAAAAUAUGGUGCUAAGGGCAGAAGCAUUUUUCCGACACAAAUGCAUGGCCAUCUACAAAUUGGAAGAAAAGUGUCAUGAAUGCACACCCUCCUAG